ACCGCUCACGAGACUUUACAAGACAAAGGCUCUCCUGUUAGCCAACUCUGUCUUCUUUCUCUCCCCCCUCCUCCGGUGCCGCUUCAGCCUCAGACGUUUACGCAUCCUCAUGCCCACCAGCUAGCUGUGCAUUCUGUCUACAGAAGCAGAAAGCUAUAUUUCUUAAGCAGAAAACUUCACUAUAUUUCAUAUUAUUCAAUUUUCAAAACUCGAUAUCAUGCCUCCCUUCAAGUCGCUACUAGUAUCCUUUUACUUGAUCCACCAACUGCUCUUCUUCUACGCUCCAGCUUGCGCCCUUGACAUUGGAAUUGGUGCUAAAGCUCGUCUCUCUCUGGGUAAACACUGCAGUAGAACUUGCGAAUCAUCCUUCUGCAGUGUGGCUCCACUUUUAAGAUAUGGCAAGUACUGUGGACUUCUGUAUGGAGGAUGCCCGGGAGAGAAGCCCUGUGAUGGACUGGACGCCUGUUGUAUGAAACACGACGCCUGCAUUAUAUCCAAACGGAAUGAUUAUCUAAACCUAGAGUGCAACCAGAACUUACUCAACUGUGUCCAAAACUUUAAGAAGGCAAGAGGCAGAUCAUUUUCGGGGAAUACCUGCAAAGCGGCGGAUGUUAUCAAGGUCAUCACUGUUGCCAUGGAUGCUGCAUUGCUUGCCGUUGGACAUCAUCCCAAACCUUAGUCACUCUAAGUCAUUAUCAUCAUAUGAAAUUCCCAAAUCAGAAUAUUCAUGUACAUGGUCUAUUUUAUAGCUAACUCUUCUUCUUUUCUUUUCUUUUCUUUUUUUUGUCUGAAAAAUUACAUUUAAGGAGAAAGAAUUUCUUCUAUAUAUUGUCCUUGCAUUUACUGUA